UCGGAGUGUGCUAACCUUGAGAAGCCCCCCGGUCUGCAGUCAUGUAAUGCUGGACCUUGUGGAUCCCGCUGGUUCACAUCUCCAUGGAGCACAUGCUCACAGUCCUGCCUCGGUGGUAUCCAGGUAAGGGAGGUUCGUUGUCUGACAGCCGACAAGAGCUUCAGUCAUAUCUGUGACUUGGAUUCCAAGCCGGACGAGAAGAGAACGUGCAACACGCAGCCCUGCUCCGCCGUACUAGAUGAGAACUGCCGAGAUCGAUAUCACAAUUGCGCAGUGGUGGUCCAAGCCCGUCUCUGCGUCUAUGCCUACUACAAGCAAGCGUGUUGCUCCUCCUGUUCCCACUCCCUGCAGCGAACCAGGGCAUCCGAGAACCGAUAG